UCGUGUGUGACGUUCAACUUUGAAUCUGGCUACCGCGAGAAUUUCACGACCGAACUCGGCUUAUGCCAGUCUUCUCAGAUGUGGAACGAAGGGUACUACGAAGAUAUUGGCAUUGAAAGUCCCCAUGUCAUGAGUACGAAGUUUAUCUGGCCCUCGAAUACUGUAAAUUGUGUUGCGUCAUUCAUAUUUAUGAUGACGGCCCGUGGAACUGUCGAGAUUAAUAUGUAUGUGGAGCCAGCGCCGAAUGUGAAUCAGGGAGAUCAAGUAUCGAUAGCUGCUAAUGAAAUAAGAGAUGGCGAAAGUGAUGCAACGGUUGGCCAAUAUAUGUUAGUCCCGGGUCAAGAUCCAAAUUUUGUCCCUGGCUGGCGCGUUCUAAGUUUCACUUUAACUGGUUCAGGAUCUUUCAGGGGAUAUAUAACAAUGCUUGGUGUGUCCAAUCCAGAUUCAAUAGUACUUAUUGACUCGUUUCGAUAUAUUCCACCGGGUUACGAUGGUGAGUGUAAUAUUUACGAAGAGCCAGUACAAGAAACGACUAUCACAUUAGAAGACACUACUACAACAACGGAAAUGACUACAACUAUAUUGGACGAUAAAACCACAACAACAAAUACGUUUGAAGAUACAACAACAACAUUGGAAAUGAGUACAACAACAAUAGAAGAUAUAACAACCACUCCCAUAGUUACAACUACAAUAGAAGAGGAUAUAACAAUGACAACUGAAAUAACUACUUUAGAAGAUACAACGCCAACAACGGAAAUUACUACACCUACAUUGGAAGAUACAACCACAACAACGCAAUAUACUAUAACAACAAUUGAAGAUACAACCGAAACUCCUACAGCAACAAAUACGUUUGAAGAAACAACAACAACAUUGGAGAUGAGUACAACAACAAUAGAAGAUAUAACAACCACUCCCAUAGUUACAACUACAAUAGAAGAGGAUAUAACAAUGACACCUGAAAUAACUACUUUAGAAGAUACAACGCCAACAACGGAAAUUACUACACCUACAUUGGAAGAUACAACCACAACAACGCAAUAUACUAUAACAUCAAUUGAAGAUACAACUGAAACUCCUACAGCAACAAAUACGUUUGAAGAAACAACAACAACCUUGGAAAUGAGUACAACAACAAUAGAAGAUAUAACAACCACUCCCAUAGUUAUAACUACAAUAGAAGAGGAUAUAACAACGACAACUGAAAUAACUACUUUAGAAGAUACAGAGCCAACAACGGAAAUUACUACACCUACAUUGGAAGAUACAACCACAACAAUGAUAUCGAUUGCAACGACAAUUGAAGAUACUACCCCCAUAAUAACAACUACAUUAGAAGAAAUAAGCACACCAUCAGAAAUAUCAACUACGACAAUAGAAGAUACUAUGACAACUCCAAUGAUUACAGCUACAACAUUCGAAGACACAACUACAGAAAUAGUACCAACUACCACCGAAGAUACAAAUACAACAGAAACACCUUUAACAACAAUAGAGAAUAUAAUGACUACUCCUAUGAUACCAAUUACUACAUUAGAAGACACAGCCACAACAUCAGAAACAUCAACUAUGACUUUAGAAGAUACAAAUACAACACCGAUAACAACAACUGCAAUGGAAGAUACACCCUAUACUCCAGCAAUUACUACAUUAGAAGAUUCAUCUACAACAACGGGAAUAACAACAACAUUAGAAGAUCCAACCUCCAAUCCUGUAACAAUGACUUCCUCUUCAGAUUACCCUACGUCUACAAACACUGCUACUACGAUACUAGAAGAUUCCAUUACAGAAACUACAAUUACAGCGAUAACGGAAGACUCCACUUCUCAUGAAGUAACUACAACAGUUCCAAAUCCUACUUCCAUUCCAAUAAUAAUUCCAGAUUGGUAUAGUUUUUGGAACGCAUUUACAAUUACUAUGGUUGUUUUACUAAGUAUUAUUGUAUUAAUGAUAGUGGCAGUAAUAAGUUAUUAUUUAGGAGCGAAGAGACGCCGAAGUAAAAGUCCGUUGAUGUUGACUGAGGAAGAUCUUCCUAGACCAAUAAUUAUACCGCGUGUCACACAAGUCUGGCACAAUUCUAUAUCAAAUUACUUUUAUUAAGUCUCGUAGCUAAAGAUCUUGUUAAUUUAUAAACGUUUAACUUUAAUUUUUUUAAUUCAUUUCAAAUAUUGUCACAGUGUUCACAUGAUACCUAUAUUUAUUUGCAGUUUGUAUCGGCUGAUGAACUCUACAUAAUGCUAAAGGCGUAAAUAAUUAAAUACUAAACAAUUUAUAAUGUUAAUCUUCUUUGGUGCUUUAUAGGUGGUUAUAUCUAUUAAGUUACGUAUCUCAACUUCAAUACGUAUCAUUUAAUCUGUACCCCCUUAUUCAUAAUGGUCCGCUAACUUUAAACAGCCGCUUAGGAGUGUUUUUCCUCAUUCUGACCUAGAUCAAUAGAAGACGACAGAGUGAGAAUUAGCAAUGCUUUAAGUUAGCAGACUAUUAUGAAUAAGGGGGUUAUUGUUUAUCUCGUUCUGUAGUUAUGAUUUAUCUGUUUGUUAAAUAACAUUUCGUGCGUCUUGUAAACUAUGCUUUUGC